GUUAAUCUUUUAAAUGAACUCUAAUAAUCUUGCUUGUUAAAUUCAAUCUUAAAGUGUGUACCUGGAAUUAGCAUACCAAUUCCAUCUCAAUAUGAAAGAUCUUUGAGCUCUUUUUCUUUUGCCUCUUUUAUGUUAUUUUUUUGUUUUGAAGAAAACAAUUGCAGCAUAGUUUUGCAUUCAUGUUAUAUAGUAGAGGUGGGAAAAAGCAUGAUGCCAAUUUUUGAUCUUAACAUCUUGACCUUGUAGAAAGGAUGGAAUUCAAUCUUAAAACGAGAAAUUCUACUUCACUUCAUUUGCAUGGCGUGUUAUCUGAUACAGAAUCAAUAAUCCAAAUGGAAGCCACUUUGGGUGUGGAAUGUACAACUCCACAAAAAUCACAGAGUGUACCAUUCGAUGUAAGAAAAUGCAUUAUUUUCUUCAAUUGUUAUGCACCAUGUACCAUGUAAUGUGUUUGUGCUUUCUUGUGUAGAAUUUGUCCUUCACGUUGGAAAGUGAGAAUAACACUUUGGGUAUGGAGAAUGCAACACCACAAAAAUCAUGGAGUGUGCCAUUCUGUGGAUCAUCUUACACACCAGAAUGUGACGACUCUUUAAAGCCAGCAGUUGGCAUGACAUUUGAGGACAUAGAUUCAGCCAAAGAGUUCUAUAAAACCUAUGCGGCACAUGUUGGGUUUCCGGUACGUGUGGGUCAGCACAAGGCAAAGAAUGGUUUGGUGACGAACAAGCGUUUCUACUGCUCAAGAGAAGGGUUCCGUAAGGCUAAAGAUGAGACACAAUCUGAACCUGAAUGCAGUGGGAAAAGGAAAUGUGAAAGGAAAAUCACACGAUGUGGAUGUCUAGCAAUGAUUGUUCUCAAGCGGACAAAGGAAAGUAAAUACAUCAUAACCACUUUUGUGGAAGAGCAUACACAUGCGCUUGUCUCACCUAAUAAGCAGCAUCUCAUAAGAUCAAAUAGAGAAGUUGGCGAGAAGGUCAAGAUUACAUUGUUCAAUUUUCAUAGGGCUAGUAUUGGCACUUCAGAUGCAUAUCGUUUCCUUCGUGUUGGCCUUGGAGGUUUUGAGAAUGUUGGGUGCACAUUAAGGGACCUACAAAAUUAUCAUGGGAAGUUAAGGUGCUUGAUAAAGUCAUCAGAUGCUCAAAUGUUUGUUGACCAACUGAGCAGAAAGGCGCUUGCAAAUCCAGCAUUUUAUUUUGAUUACAUCGUCGAUGAGAAGGGCAGGUUAGUCCAUGCAUUUUGGGCAGAUGCCACUUGUAGGAAAAAUUAUGCUCAUUUCGGGGAUCUAGUAUCUUUUGACUCUACAUACAGCACGAAUGAGUAUAAUAUGAUAUUCACACCCUUCACUGGAAUCAACCAUCACAAGGCAAAUGUGUUGUUUGGGGCUGCAUUGCUAUCAAAUGAGAAGAUUGAUUCCUACACAUGGUUGUUUAAGACAUUCUUGAAUGCAAUGGGUGGUGUUGAACCUGCUGUAAUUAUAACUGAUGAAGAUGCCAGCAUGAAGAUUUCCAUACAAAAUGUUUUCCUAACAUCAGUCCAUAGGCUAUGCAUGUGGCACAUACUGCGGAAGGUUCCUGAUAAGGUUGGUCCUGACCUCAAGGAGGAUGACGAUUUCCAUGCUUCUCUUAGUUUAUGUGUGUGGUCAUGCGAAACACCAGAAGAAUUUGAGGAUCGAUGGGCAAGAAUUAUGAUACAAUAUGGAUUGAAAAACCAUGAGUGGUUUGCUGGGAGGGCUUUUGAGGACCACUUCUAG